AAUACUAAAUGUAAUCCAAGGAGAGACGCUCCGUCCAUCAUAUAACGAAUUGGUUUAGACAUGAACGCUCUUGUUGGAUACAGCGGCUCAUCAGAGUCCGACAGUGAUGGAGACUCAGAGAAUGUAAACCGUGAACAAGGAGGCACGAGAACGGAUCUCAUGGAUGGGGACCCACCGGACAAGAAGACCCGUAACUUCUUGCUGGAGACUGGUUCUGCCACCAGUGAGUCGGAUGAAUCUGAUCACGGUGACCCGGAGCCUUACAAGUCAAUCAAUUCAAGUAGAAGUCGGACCAGCUUGCCUACUGCCUCCUCCACGACCAGCCCUCACAAACUGCCGCCUCCUAGUCUGCAAGGCUGUUCAGAAAGUAGCGUGUUUGCCAACCCCUUCAAAGCUCAGGCCGAGCGGAAGCUCAGUGCCUUGCAGAAACAUGUCCCGCUCACAAUGCAGGCCAAGCCCUCUCAGAUUGGAGGGAAGAGGAUAUGCGUUUCCUACAGGAAAAGUGGAAGAUGUAGAUUUGGCAUCAAGUGCAAAUUUGCACAUGAUAGUGACCUCCAGACUGCAGUAAUUCCCAAUGACUCUCAUGAUGAGGGGGAAGUUGGGUCACGCACAGGCAGCUCCCGUAAACCCCCGAAACAGGCCGUGCAGGAUGAAUCAGAAGGCCAGUGGGUGAAGAAGCGGAGGAUUGGUGUAAGCGACACGCUGAUGCCUCCGAAGAAAGCCAUGAAGCAGUACAAGAUGCUGAGGAGCAAGGAACGCCACAACAUGUAAUGAUCAUGUAAACAUUAGCUGUCACACUGGUUAUAAGUAGCUAAUUCUCAUCUGGACAACUAAUAAAACAAUGAAUUUGU